AUGGACAAUUUCUGCAACCAUAUCAGUGGUGUACCUGUAGAUGUAAAUUCAUUGCAGAAGGCGUACCCGAAGUUAUUCAGCAAUACAUUGGGGCUGUGCAAUAAGGCCAAAGUCGAGCUAGUUUUAAAGGAAUCCUGUCGACCAGUUUUCCGCCCUCGUCGACCAGUUUCCUAUGCUAUGCUACCAACAGUUGACGAAGAGCUCGAUCGUCUGGAACGGUUGAAUAUUAUUUCACCUGUAAAUUACUCCGAGUGGGCGGCUCCAAUAGUGGUUGUUAGGAAGGCGAACGGCAGCAUACGCAUUUGUGGGGACUACUCCACUGGGCUCAACGAGCGGCUCCAAUCUCAUCAAUAUCCGCUCCCGCUUCCACAGGACAUUUUCUCCAAACUGACCGGUUGCAUCGUGUUCAGCACAAUCGAUUUGUCUGAUGCUUUCCUGCAGAUGGAAGUCGAUGAGAGUUCACGCCGUAUGCUCACAAUAAACACGCACCGGGGGUUGUAUGAAUACAACAGAUUACCACCCGGAGUGAAGGCAGCACCAGGGGCAUUUCAGCAGAUAAUUGAUACCAUGCUGGGCGGACUUUCGGAUACCUCUGGCUACUUGGACGAUGUUAUCGUCGGAGGCAAGAAUGCUGAAGAGCACCAACGAAAUCUGCACGCCGUUUUACAGCGGAUUCAAGAGUACGGUUUCACCAUACGUCCUGAGAAGUGCUCAUUUGCGAAGCCACAGAUUCGGUACUUGGGAUUUCUGUUAGAUCGUCAUGGCAUCCGCCCGGAUCCAGCAAAAAUUGCAGCCAUCAUGAAUAUGGCGCCACCACAGGACUUGACCGGAGUGCGUUCCUUCCUGGGGGCAAUAAACUAUUACGGGAAGUUCGUCCCAAGCAUGAGAACUAUCCGUUAUCCGUUGGAUGAACUUCUCAAGAGCAGCACAUCAUUCAUCUGGACUCCGGAAUGCCAGCAGACGUUCGACAAAUUCAAGGAAAUAUUGUCCUCCGAACUCCUGCUCACCCAUUACAACCCGGAACAGGAAAUUAUAGUAUCAGCCGACGCAUCAUCAGUCGGAGUAGGAGCAACGAUAAGCCAUAAAUUUCCUGACGGCAAGGUCAAGGUUAUCCAGCAUGCUUCUCGGGCACUCAACGCUGCCGAACAACGAUACUCCCAGCCGGAUCGUUAA